GGGAGUGUGUUUGCCGGCUGUCAUUUACUCCUCCUCCUCUUCUCUCCCCCUUCUUCCUUUCUAUGUGGCCAGAGUCUUCCUUUGGGCCUUCUCUUAUCAAUUUCUGCAUCUUUCUUUUUUUGCCCCUCUAGGAAUCCAGCAUGGACCACAACCAAAGCCCCAGUGGCCAAGCUGAACAGCAACAGUUGCCUUCCGCAGACAACCCUGAAGUUUUGCCUUCUCAGAAUGGCUUCGGGAGAGCAAGGGAGACAUUGCAACCUCGGUCCCCUGAACACGCAGCCCAGGCUGAGCCUGAAAUAAAGCUGUGUGAUAUAUCCGAGGAGCUGAGCCGACAGCUGGAGGACAUUAUUAAAACCUAUGGGUCAGCUACCAGUCUGGUGGAGGAAGGAAAUACGAAAUCCACAGACGAACCUGAGAAAGGGGAAUCUUUCAAUCACGAGGAUGGGGACUAUGAAGAUGGCCAUGAUCAGGCUGAGAAAGAACAGAUCCCUUUGGGGGAUGCCUCUGGAUUAAAGGAGGCCAGUAUUCAGAAAGAACAAAAACUGGAAAAGAAAAUCCUGAAAGGAUUAGGAAAAGAGGCUACCCUGCUGAUGCAACAUUUGACCAAGCUGAAUACACCAGAAGAGAAAUUGGAUGUCUUAUUUAAGAAGUAUGCUGAACUGAUGGAAGAACAUCGUUCUGAACAAAAAAAACUGAAGUGUCUACAGAAAAGACAGACACAGCUCAUAAAGGAGAAGGACCAAUUACAGAGUGAACACAGCAGAGCCAUCCUUGCCCGGAGCAAAUUGGAGAGCCUUUGUAGGGAACUCCAAAGACACAACAAAACCCUGAAGGAAGAGACUCUUCAGCGGGCAAGAGAAGAAGAAGAAAAGAGGAAAGAGAUCACAAAUCAUUUCCAGGGCACACUGAAUGAUAUCCAGGCACAGAUUGAGCAGCAAAGUGAGAGGAACAUGAAGUUGUGCCAGGAAAAUACUGAGCUGGCUGAAAAACUGAAAAGCAUCAUUGAUCAGUAUGAAGUGAGAGAGGAGCAUCUUGAUAAAAUAUUUAAGCACAGGGAACUUCAGCAGAAACUGGUAGAUGCCAAGUUGGAACAGUCGCAAGAGGUCAUGAAGGAAGCUGAAGAACGGCAUCAGCGAGAAAAGGAAUAUCUACUCAACCAAGCUGCAGAAUGGAAACUACAGGCAAAAAUGCUGAAGGAACAAGAGACUGUUCUCCAGGCCCAGCUGACUCUCUAUUCUGAUCGAUUUGAGGAGUUUCAGAAAACCCUAACAAAAAGCAAUGAGGUGUUUGCCAGCUUCAAGCAAGAAAUGGACAAGAUGACAAAGAAAAUGAAAAAACUGGAAAAGGACACAGCUACAUGGAAAGCAAGGUUUGAGAACUGCAAUAAAGCUUUACUAGACAUGAUUGAAGAGAAAGCCAUGAGGGCCAAGGAAUAUGAAUGCUUUGUAGUGAAAAUUCAAAGGCUAGAAAAUCUUUGCAGAGCUCUGCAGGAUGAACGGAAUGUAUUGUACAAAAAAAUAAAAGAAGCACAAUUCCCUGAGGACAGCAAAGAAGAUGAGGAGGUAGAGGAAGAUGAGGAGGAAGAACAGCAGGCUGGAGUGGAGGAUAGUCUGGAGAAUAAGGCUACAAUUACAAGUCAGGCUAUUGAUGAGCUAUCUGUCACCAGUGAAAUUAUUUCAAAAGAUUUGGCUACAGCUUUCAUGGUGACUCAUGUGAACAUGCCUAUGAUCACCACCAAUGAAGAAAAAGUGGAAGAACUACAUGAUCCCAAAGUAUGUGAUCCAGUUUGUCCUCCGGAGCUGACAUUACCUUCUUCCAAGCCACAAGGUACACAGGAUUCCUGUAUUGAUCCAACAUUCAUGCCCACAGCACAGGAACCAGAGGGAGACACAGUAGAACUUGGUCAAGAUCAUCCAGUGUUGAAGCUGCCAAAUACUGACAUGGAAGGGGUUGAUUAGCAUGAUAUAAUGACACAUUGCUUUUUCCAAAAUGGCCUUCUCUAAUCCUUCCUUAAACAUUUCUUUUUUCAUAAUAAGAUGACUUUACAAGUGUUUUCUGAUCUGCUUCAAUUUCACAGAAUAUACCUUGGUUCCAUGCUUUUGUAUCCCAUGAUUAGUGGUGGGAUUUUAAUUUGCCCUGUUUCUUGUUCAGGUAAAGCCAAGAGCUUUCCUAACAUUUAAUAGAAUUGAGGGUCUUCAUUUCCAUCAAAACUUUUCAAAAAUAGAGAGGUCCUCCUAUAUCAAGCAUAUUCUCAAUAUGCUCCAAAUAAAUAAAAUAAAUAAAUAGUUGGGAGAGGGAGGAGCUAGGUGUGCGUGAGGCAGCAGAAGCUAGCAACCCUUAGGGAUGAAAUUAAAAUUAACUUAAAAUAGUAAAAUGUAAUGCCAGGGUAGCAAGCCCUAAACUGCUGAUUAUUCAGCCAGUAUUUCUGUUUCUUAUCUUCAAGGCUUCAAACAAAUUUGCUUGGUUAAAUAGUGUUUAAAUCUUUGAUUUCAUUCCCUUUAAAUUUAGAAACUUGUUUUCACAAUCAAUUUGUUUAGUUUAGGUUACUGAUUUGAUCUUUCCAUAGAGUGGGAUACUAAUAAUAGGUAAAAUUAACAUCAACAAUCUAUCAACAAUCUAUUAACUGGUACAGAGGUUUAUACUCAUGUGGAGUUAGUGAGUCAACAAAGAAGUAGAUACAUUGCUAAGAAAAGGGGUUGUGUAUUAUGUAAAUUACUAAGGCUAGAAUCUGAAGUUCAGAAAUUUGAAACUUAAAUUGGUAUAAUCAAAGAGAUAUUUUCAGAUACCUGUGCAACUAAGACCUGAGCUCCUUUCUACUACAUCUAGCAUUUCAAACAUAAGGCAUCUUGACCCAACAGAAAUUCACCUUAUAAUUUUCUGCUAUUUCACCAUAGUUGAGCCUUUGGAAAUGUUCUGGAUUUCUAAAAACAAAUCUUUUUGGCUGCUUUAGAUUAUGCACAUUGACCUGGGAUCUCUUAAAGAAGUAGAAUCACUUAUGCUUUCAGAUAUGGAAUGACUGUGUUAACAUGGAUCCAUGUCCAUGUUUUAGAAUUGCUGUAUUUGCAUUCAAGAUUACAUCUUUUAGUCAUAAAAUAUGGCUUGAAAAAUGAACUAAAUUUGAAAAUCUUUCAAGAUCCAGUGCAGGAACUGGCAGCCUUCAAACUUGGGUGUAGCAUUUAAUUUUUGCUUUCAAAAAUUAGCUGUUCCUUUUGCAGUCAACUUGUAAUUGUUUUGGUGUUAUAAAAUAGGUUAUGCAAAAUUGCACACCUCUGUUCCUCUAUCCUACAUUCAUAUUUUAAGUUUUAUAUUACAAAUAACUCAUCUGAGUGACUUAUUUCAAAAACUAUACUGUCAUUAUUCAAACAUGUAUGAUCCCAAUCUAGCACCUGAGUUUGUCAUUGAAUCUCUCUGAAUUAAACAAUGAUUCAAUAUGCUAGCUAGACUAUAUAAUUUUAUGUAUAUCAACUGAAUUUACAUUUUCUUUAAACACUGGAUUACAUCUGAGGAAUUCUAGCCUAAUUUCAAUAUUAAGAUUUUCACUUAUAACCUUAUUAGUAUUUUAAACAUUGCCCUAAUACAGUUCCUAUACUCUAGGUUUUUUUCUUGUUCUUUUAUUAGAUGAGAGCUAACACAUCUACAAAAGUUGUCACAUGUGAAUGUUUUUAUGGGGACUAUAAACAAAUUUGAAUUAGGCCUAAUAAUGAUCGGACUCUUCAGAACAGUUGAGAGAGAUAUCUCAGUAAUGUGAAGAACCAUCUCAAAAAUGGUUGAUAGUAUUUGUCUGAGAUCAUCUAGCUACAUCAUUACCUAUAUUGAAGAGAUUCAAAUUAGUGAUGACUCCCGCACCAAUUCUCCUUAAGUAAUUCUAUUCACAAUGCUUAAGCCUGACAGCUUAAAUUGUUUGAAGAUAUGUCUACAACUACUCUAUAGGCACAAAAUAGAGUAGGAAUUCCCUUAGCAUUAAGCAUUAGAAAAUCUAUCUGAAGAUCUCUGUACCAUUAUAUUGUAUUGUGUAAUUUAUGGUGA